CACUAACGCACGACAGAAGUCGCCAAUUGCAAGCGAUCUACCGCUGCACAACUCGCGACUAGGAUCCAUGACCGCGCCAUACCCUCCACUACAGCUCACAUGGAACCGCCUCCGCGCCUGGCUGGCGAACGAGUACCCAGAGCUUGGAGACACGCUGAACUAUGGAAUACUACCCCAAGAUCUUCAGCAGAUAGAGGUGUCCUUCGGAUUUGCACUGCCACAAGCGAUCCGGGAUUCGUACCUCUGUGCAGACGGACAAGAAGCAGAAUCCGCGGCAGGCUGUUCAGAGGGACUCUUCUUCGGCCUGACGCUGUUGCCGCUCGAGGACAUUCUGGAGGAAUGGCGGUUCUGGCGCGAAGUUGACGACGACCCAAAUACGGGUGCAAACUCUCGGUUGCGCGGACUCAUGGACUCGAUACCCCCUGGCUGGAUCCGCAGAGAGUAUUCGUCCCGGGGUUGGAUCCCGCUCGUUGCGGACAAGGCUGGCAACUACCUCGGCGUCGACCUCAACCCCAGUGAGGGCGGCUCAAUCGGCCAGGUCAUCGUCUUCGGGCGCGAUUUCGACACCAAGGUUGUCAUGUGGAGAGGCGAUGGCCCGCAUGGCUGGGCGAAGUGGCUUGCGGGCUUCGUGGACGAUCUGGAGAGCGGUGAGGGUUAUGAGCUCGGGGCGAACAACGAUAGCGAAGGAAGCGAGGACUCGGUUGGCUAUGAGGACUACUUCUACGAUGGGACUGGGCGGGGGUCGGGCGACGGCGGAGGUAACGCUGGGACGGGCGGCAUGCGCUUGGCGGGUGAGUACAAGGGAUGGAACGUCUUGGAGGCAUGGGCGGAUCGCAGUGUUCGCAAGUGGCAGCAAGCAGGGGUUAUUCCGACGCCCGACCCUGAGCAGCAGGCGUCGAUGCCUGCGAAAACGAAGCAUGUGGAGCAUAUAUCGGACGUCAAGCUUAGGUCGCUCUCCGGUACGAACUCAGGCGCAGAAGUACCCAUUCCUGUCCUCGCCGACUCGAGCCAGCCGUCGACAAGCGCACAUACACUGGACGAUGAAGCGAGCGGAUCUCAGUCAUUGCCCAUAAUUUCGGUCACCAAGCCACCGGCCCCGAGGCCAGUUUCUCUACCGACGCAGGACGAUAUCGACGUCUCGCCGUCACGGAACGACAUCGAAGCAGGUAGCGGGGCUUUGGAUAUGCAAGAAGUUGGUGUUGCGCUCCCGGCUGUAUCAGUCAUCACAAAACAGCCAUCGUCUCCCAGGACUGACUCACCAAGGGCUGUUACCCCCAUCCCUCCUCCCCCAGCAUCCCUUUCCCACACUCCUUCGCGGACAAUGACUCAAUCCCCCGAACUAAUACAAUCACCGACAACUGCCAUCCCGGAGACUACAGAUCUCCUUGCUGAUGUUCCCCUGUCGAACUUCGACGAGGUCCCACCGGUAGUCGUAACCGAAGGUUUGGUGGGUGGUGAUGCUGAAGACUCGCCUGUCCUUGUGAACAGUGAGGACGCUCACCACGAGACAUCAUCGAACGACGGAGUUCUCGUCUCUGAUGCAGAGACAGACACUCCCGAAAUCGUCGAAUCGCACGCGGCGGAGCCUGAGGCGGCGUAAGAUAAAAGAGGCAGCGCCAGUGCGAUGCUUGCAGACCUCGCUGAGGACAGGCCGAGCUCGGAGGGCGCCACAAAGGAAGUUGUGUGAUCGAUCUACAGAGACAUUCUGGACUCGAGGUAUCGUGUGUCGUAUGCAUGGGCUUUGCUUUCUCCCUUCUAAUAUUCUAUUCGUCUGCAACUGAUGGAGCAUUUCUGCAUGUCUGGCUUAGCAAUAAUAAUCCGCUCUUCAUUGUUUCAUGAGGCAUCUUCACCGUCUUCUCCCCUUCCCAUGUGUAGUCGCAUUCGAUACCCGUAGCUCUUUUGCCUGGUAGUCAUUAUCAAGCUACACAAGUACGAGUCCUUUCAACGUACAUAUAUUUUACGGAGGCCAGGAGCCCAGCUUAUGGACUUGGACAUUACCCAAUAGAACUACGAACUGAAACCGGA